UUGUUUUUGGAACGAGGCAUUUUAUGCGCAAUAGAGAACCAUUCUCUCUGUUUGUUCCGUUAAAUGUAUGGAACCUUUUUCUUGCCACUUUCUCAACUAUGGGAGCUUUUAAACUUAGUUAUGAAUUUUUUGAAACAAUUCUGACACAUGGACUACAGAGUUCUUAUUGCCAUGUCCAUAAUUAUACUCUUGGAACAAACGGAUAUUGGGUCUGGCUUUUUAUUGUUAGUAAAAUGUUUGAAUUGAUGGAUACUGUCUUUUUGGCAAGUUCAGAAUUUUUGUAUUGGUUAAGGAAUAUUUUAGGUAUUGAGGAAACGGCCAUUACUUUUUCUUCACUGGUACUCGUGAGUUUAUUAUAAAUUUUUGGAGAAAUAACUUUGGUCAAAAUAGAUCAUUUUUAUCUUUGGAUUUACGUUUUCGGUUUAAUAAAACUAAUAGGUUAACAAAACCUGUAC